ACGGUCGCGUACUGACACGUGGGCUAGACCCGAGCCGCGUUCCGCGCUCCGUCAGCUGCUGGGGGCAUCCGAGCUUGAAGUUGCGGGGUUCGGGAGGCGGUGACAUCCCGGAGUCCAGGGGAGGUGACGGGAACCAGAAAGUUAGGCUCAGGUGGCCGGAUCUGGGAAUUUUGUGUCGCGCAUUACAGAGGGAAGGGGCGCUGGUGAUUAUUACACCGGGACUCCCAGAGUCUAAAUUGAGUUUUAGAAGUUCCAGUGACCCCAGAGUCUGCACUGGCAGUGCGAGAUGCGGGGGAAGGGAGGAGUUCUGCAGUCCAGAGUGGAAAUACCCAGGAGGAUCUGGAAUUGAAGUCUCCAUGACUCGAAGACUAGGAAUCCAAGUGUUCAGAACUGGCUGGCAGACAGGCAGGAAAAGAGACAAUACAGAGACCCAAGAGGCGGAAAACAGAAAAUGUCUGUAGAUUGCUGUGCCAAGGGUCAAUUGUCAAUGACCAGAACUUGAUGUUAGCCAGGCAGGUGCCACCGGUUUGAGAGCGCUGAGGCUUCCAGCCAAGCGGUGAGGCUAAGAGAGCAGGCCACUCGGGUCUGAUGCCUGAGGGGACCUACCUAAGCACAGGCUUCUCAGAAUGUAGAUGUUAUUGGAAUAUACACAUGACUGGAUUCAAAUCUCCAUACUGCUCAUUUAGACCUCCCCAGUUAUUUUCUGUUCCCACUCCCAUCCUCCAAAGCCAUCUCCCCAGAGGCUAUACCCACCUCCAGUUCUGCCUGAUGACCUGGGCACAUCUUCCCUCCCUUGGUACCUCCUCUUUCAGAUCUAAUUGCUUUCCUCAUCUUGUCUCGGGGUUAGAAGGUCCAGAGUCUCACGGAAUUCCAGAAUUCCAAGUCUCUAGAUGUCCGUGGUCCUUGCUCCAGCCCGAUGGAUGUCCAGUGUAGUUGUAGAAUGAAUAAGGGCAGAGGUCCAGGGGUUAUGAGAGUGAAGGCUGAGGGGGAUAGAGGCUUGGGAAGGCAGCCCAGGAAAUGAAGGUCCGUUAAUCUUGCCAGCUUUACCUGACACUCCUUGGGUGGGGCCAGCCUGCCCCAGGCUCCUGCCUUUGCCAGAACUGGAAACAUGCCCAGGUUCUCUCCCUACCAAGAUGCUGUGCGCAUGCUCAACACUCUGCAGACCAAUGCCAGCUACCUGGAGCAGGUAAAGCGUCAACGGGGUGACCCUCAGGCGCAGCUGGAAGCCAUGGAGGUGUACCUGGCGCGGAGUGGGCUGCAGGUGGAGGACUUGAACCAACUAAACAUUAUCCACGUCACGGGGACCAAAGGAAAGGGCUCCACCUGUGCCUUCGCUGAACGCAUCCUGCGGAAUUACGGCCUGAAGACAGGCUUCUUUAGCUCUCCCCACCUGGUGCAGGUGCGUGAACGGAUCCGCAUCAAUGGGAAGCCCAUCAGUCCUGAGCUCUUUACCAAGCACUUCUGGCGUCUCUACCACCAGCUGGAGGAAUUCAAGGAUGACAGUCACAUUUCCAUGCCUGCUUACUUCCGCUUCCUCACGCUCAUGGCCUUCCAUGUCUUUCUCCAAGAGAAGGUGGACCUGGCCGUGGUGGAAGUGGGCAUUGGUGGGGCUUAUGACUGUACCAACAUCAUCAGAAAGCCAGUGGUGUGUGGAGUAUCCUCGCUUGGCAUUGACCACACCAGCCUGCUAGGAGACACAGUGGAGAAGAUAGCAUGGCAGAAAGGGGGCAUCUUUAAGCCUGGUGUCCCUGCCUUCACUGUGCUGCAACCAGAAGGUCCCCUGGCCGUGCUGAGGGAUCGAGCCCAGCAAACGUCAUGUCCUCUGUACCUGUGUCCACCAUUAGAAGCCCUGGAAGAGGGUGGGCUGCCACUGACCCUCGGCCUGGAGGGAGAUCACCAGCGGUCCAAUGCAGCGUUGGCCUUGCAGCUGGCCCACUGUUGGCUGGAGCAGCAGGGCCACCAGGAUAUCCAGGAACUGAAGGUGUCCAGGCCAAGCAUACGGUGGCAGCUGCCUCUGGCACCCGUGUUCCAUCCCACCUCCCACAUGCGACAUGGGCUUCGGGACACGGAGUGGCCUGGCCGGACACAGGUGUUGCGGCGGGGGCCUGUCACCUGGUACCUGGAUGGCGCACAUACCGCCAGCAGUGUGCAGGCCUGCGUGCGGUGGUAUUGCCAGUCAUUGCAGCGCAACAAACGCCCCAGUGGUGGGUCCCAAGUGCACGUCUUGCUCUUCAACUCCACUGGUGACAGGGACCCUGCUGCCCUGCUGAAGUUUCUGCAGCCCUGCCAGUUUGACUACGCUGUCUUCUGCCCCAACCUGACAGAAGUCUCUUCCACAGAAAAUGCAGACCAGCAGAACUUCACGGUGACUCUGGAUCAGGUGCUGCUCCGCUGCCUCCAACACCAGCAACAUUGGAGCUGCCUAGGCGAGAAACAAGCCGGCCCCGACCUCUGGAGCAGCCCCGGCCCUGAGCCUGGGGGACGGCACCCGCCUCACUCGGCUAGCACAAACUCCCUCGUUUUUAGCUGUAUCUCCCAUGCCUUGCAGUGGAUCAGCCAAGGCCGGGAUCCCAUCUUUCAACCCUCGAGCCCUCCAAGGAGCCUCCUCAGCCACCCCACGGCCAGCAGUGGGGCAAGCAUUCUCCGGGAGGCUGCUGCCAUCCAUGUACUGGUUACAGGAAGCCUGCAUCUGGUGGGGGGAGUCCUAAAGCUGCUAGAGCCCUCGCUGUCCCAGUAGCCAAGGUGUGGGUGCAGAGAUGGGGUCUCGCCACACCUGCCUGUCUCUCCACAGACUGCCACACUCGGUGCCUUUUGAUUUCCGCUUUCAGAUUCCUUCGAGACUGGCCCAGGGUAGAGUAUUGGGAUGGGAGAGGCCUACACCUUGGCCUCACCUUCCUUUAGCAUAGACAGCAGCGGAGCGUCCCAGAGUCCCCACUGCAGCAGGCUUCCAGCCCAUCUCAUCUCCCUGCCUACCCGCUGCCUCCGGCCUCAGGCCUGGCUUUAGUGCAGGUGCCUGACCAGCCUGAGGACCUUCUGAGGGUAGGCCAGAGGGUAGGUUCCUCCUCCCUUCCCCUACCGGUACCUCUGGGAAGAGCAAGGGCCCUUGCUUGGGCAUUUGGGGACUAUGGGUUGCUAGAACUAAUUAAAGCUUUAAAUCCUUUUUUUAAUUUUUUGUAAAUAAAUGACAAACUUUUGAUUGAC